CAAAGCUGUGCUUCGGUAGCCUGAAGUGAAAGUGAAAGUGGAUGAGUUACUGAGUUAUUACAUGUAAGAACAGGAGCAUUAUUCUCUGGUAACUGUAAUAACCCUGAGUCUGUGUAGGAAAUAGAGGUGUUGUUGGACACUGGAGCAGACACUCUACUUGGACUUUCCAGCGACGCACAUUGUUCAUACGAACAUCCAGGUACUUGCAGGAACUACCGUCUGCUUGGUUGAAGGAUGCUAUGAGGAUGACAACACAUCAAACCAGAAUAUACUUCCCAGUAAUGUGGCAUGUAGCUCUAACUGCUUCUAGAGAAGUUAUUUUCUCAUCAAAUAAAACAGAAGUGAAGAGCAGGAAUGUAAGAGUGGAACAGGACAGUUUCCCAGUAAAAGAGACUCCUCCUACUAGUAUAUAAUGAACUCUUAGCUAAUGCAUUUCAGACAUAUUCCUAUCUCAUUCAUAACGUAUCUCUAAGUCAUAAGGACCCAGAGGAAGAAGCAGUGGGAACCAGCCAGAAACACGAUCCACCACCAUCAUGAUUUCCAAGGCCGUAAAAUCCAUGUUGAAGGAAGUAGAUUCUAACGGUAGCCUGAUUCCUGUGUCCAGUCUGAACGACAGCUCUGGUAAACUGAAUCUCCUCUCACUCAUUGUGAAGACCAGGCCCAGAUGUGGAUGCUUCUGGCAGGAACCCAAAUACCAGUCCAGAGGCUUUUCCCUGAGUGAUGUGCUGAAACCCGGAGAACCUGAAGACAAACCUUUAAACCCAGAUGUGAAGGAGUCUGACUUCGUGGACCACAGUGGGACAUUUGCUGACAAGAAAGAAAUGAACUCAGAAGGAAAUGUGGAGGGAUUGGCGGCUGAUUUAAAACUUAACUUGGGCUUAAAAUGCUUCAACGAACAAGAGUCGUCCUUUGGCAGACUGAAGAAGGAGGAGGUGGAAGUGAAGGAGUUGGUUAACUACUCGAAAGACAAACGCCUGGACAUGACCCACCCUGUGAUCAAGCAGACCCAGGAGAAGCCCAGGGCAAUAUUAGGGGUGUUGACAGAGAGGAUUAUGACAUCACAACCUUGCCAGGUCACAAACAAAGUCCGGAAGCGUGGCAAUGCAGGAGCCAACAUCAGCGCCUGCGUGGCCCUGAGUGUGAAGGACUCUAUGAAGCAGAGCGGCAGUACUCAGACAGAUAGUGAUGUGUCGCUGAAGAUUCCUGAAUACACUGUCGUGGCCUACAGUCUGAUUGAACUCUACGUCAAAUGCAAUGGACAGUUUGAGCUGUGCCUCUUCUCCAACAAUGGGGGCUUUGAAAAGGUUACGUCAAAGGAUGACAUUGAAGAGGAUGGAAUUAUGGACCUGGGAGGCGACUCUGAUGCCAACAGCCCCUUAAAUCUGAACGAAGAACUGGAGAAACUGAGUGGUCAUUUCCAGCUGCUGUCAGUCCUGCCAGCAGCCAAACGGUCCUCUCUGCUCCAGCUCCUCAAGACAACCAUGGAGGACAGAGAGACAGUCAGUGUGCUGGAGAGUGUGCUGGAUCAGAUGUGUGAAGGUGAGACUCCUGACCUGGGUGACCUGGAAGAGUCUGAGAGAGAAACAGUCCAGGCCAUACUGGAUCUUGUAGACCAAUGUGUUGGGAAGGAUGAGGACGAGAUCAGAUCCUCACUUCUCAGUGCUAUCCACCUCAUUGUCAGUGCCAUGGACGGAAUGACAGAUGAAGGUCUCUCUGUGUUGGGAUCCUGUUGCAGUCCUCCAGUCUUACAGGCCCUGCAGAUCCUGGUGCAGCAUGUGGCAGCAGGGAGUGGGGAGACCCUCUCUCUGAGAGAUGCAGGUCUGGCUGUUCUGACUGAGGAGGAGCUGUAUCAGAGGACAGAGAGUCUCUUUGCCCUCUCCAAUGUAGAACUUGCCAGAUUGAAUGAGGACGCAGAAUUCACAGUGACUUCAGUUAUGUGUCCUGGACACCUUCCUCUUGUCAUGAGUAUCGCUGUGAAUGGCCUGGCCUCUUUAGGAUAGAUUGAGCCGAAUAGAAACAUUCCUUGUGCUACAAAGUGGAUAUAUGAACUGCACCGUAAGGUAAGAAUUUCAGAAAUGUCACAUUUGAUAACAUAUUGUUGAUGAUUGCAAAGAGACUUAGAGCAGGAGUAAAACAUAUCAAAAACAAGAUAAUGCACAUGUGUGAAGAAAAAUGUACAAAAUAAUAUUCCCACUACUGUACAUUAAUGAAUGACACAUUCCUACGUCAUAUUUCCGUGUUAAUGGCUUUUCAUCAAAACGCAGUUGUAUUUACUUCUGCCAGAUGCCUUUAAUGAAGUUUUUGCCUAUUGAAGACCAUUCAAAAAGUAUACAAAAUUCAAAAACAACAAGGCUAUUUUCAGAGUCACUUGCAUAGCUUAUUGUUGUUAUAAUGAUUUUUUUAAUGUAUUGUUAGGAAGCCCAUAACCCAUAACGUUAUGUCUAGGGGUCAAAGGUCUAGUUACAUGGUCUGUAACCUGACUCGUUAUGUCUAGGGGUCAAAGGUCUAGUUACAUGGUCUGUAACCUGACUCGUUAUGUCUAGGGGUCAAAGGUCUAAUUACAUGGUCUGUAACCUGACUCGUUAUGUCUAGGGGUCAAAGGUCUAAUUACAUGGUCUGUAACCUGACUCGUUAUGUCUAGGGGUCAAAGGUCUAGUUACAUGGUCUGUAACCUGACUCGUUAUGUCUAGGGGUCAAAGGUCUAGUUACAUGGUCUGUAACCUGACUCGUUAUGUCUAGGGGUCAAAGGUCUAAUUACAUGGUCUGUAACCUGACUCGUUAUGUCUAGGGGUCAAAGGUCUAGUUACAUGGUCUGUAACCUGACUCGUUAUGUCUAGGGGUCAAAGGUCUAGUUACAUGGUCUGUAACCUGACUCAUUAUGUCUAGGGGUCCAAGGUCUAGUUACAUGGUAUGUAACCUGACUCGUUAUGUCUAGGGGUCCUAGGUCUAAUUACAUGGUCUGUAACCUGACUCGUUAUGUCUAGGGGUCCUAGGUCUAAUUACAUGGUCUGUAACCUCACUCAUUAUGUCUAGGGGUCCUAGGUCUAGUUACAUGGUCUGUAACCUGAAUGAAUGUGUGCAUUUACUUGAGAAAUUUGCUUUUGAGGACGAUGUUGGAUGCGCAUGUAUCCAGGAGACAGCCACAUACGGAGUUCAGGGCCAUCUCCGUCUUGUCCUCUUGGUCGGCCAGUCCAAGCGCAUAAUCAUUUUUCAUAUGGUGAUAAAACAUAAAUAUGGCCACCAAACAAACCCAGCAGCCUCACGGCUUGCCACCUGGGACACUGACUCACAAUCACCUUAAUUGGCAGCAACAUGAUGUGCUUAUCAACCAGGCUCAGCUAUUCGAGAAAGUUGCUGCUGCCCCCUGGAGGGUACAGUAGUCCAAAAAUCAUCAUGUGGUCUUCCUAGUUGUUAGUGGCGCUCUAGAGUCUCCACUGCCUUGGUGCUGAACUCGCCACAGCAUGCCUUGCAUUUCUCCUGCUCUAGCUAACAGUAGCUGUCCGUGGUCCUGAAAUGAAACGUUGGCGCACUACUAGAAAAGAAACACAGGUUAAUACACAGUUUUUCAUUUUACCUGGGCCUUUUCCGAUGUAGUAAAGCUACAACAUUCUGUUUGGAAUACAUUAAUGGAAAUCUGAGACUUAAAAGUCACUCUUGUUUCCUUCUGUCUUUCUUCUGGAACAAUGUUAGUUCAAUGGAUAAAGAUACUGGAUCAUUUAGUUUCAAAUGACAAAUCCUACCUAGUGCACCCGUCCUAAACAAAGUCCUCUACGGUGGAUUCCGAAAGUAUUCAGACCCCCUGACUUUUUCCACAUUUUGUUACGUUACAGCCUUAUUCUAAAAUGGAUUAAAUUGUCCCGUCCCCCCCAUCAAUCUACAAACAAUACCCCAUAAUGACAAGCAAAAAAAACUAAAAACACUAGAAAAUUUAUAGGAAAAAAAAACCUGGAAAUGUUACAUUUACAUAAGCAUUCAGACCCUUUACUCAGUACUUUGUUGAAGCAUGUGCUUCCGUCUGGCCACUCUACCAUAAAGGACUGAUUGGAGUGCUGCAUGGUUGUCCUUCUGGUCGCCUCUCUGACCAAGGCCUUUCUCCCCGAUCGCUCAGUUUGGCCGGGUGGCCAGUUCUAGAAAGAGUUUUGAUGGUUCUAAACGUCUUCCACUUAGGUAUGAUGGAGGCCACUGUGUUAUUGGGGACCUUCAAUGCUGCAUAAAUGUUUUGGUACCUUUCCCAGAUCUGUGCCUAGACACAAUCCGGUCUAGGAGCUCUACGGACAAUUUCUUCGACUUCAUCACUUGGUUUUUGCUCUGACAUGCACUGUCAACUGUGGGACCUUAUAUAGACAGGUGUGUGCCUUUCCAAAUCAUAUCCAACCAAUUGAAUUUACCACAGGUGGACUCCAAUCAAGUUGUAGAAACAUCAAGGAUGAUCAAUGGAAACAGGAUGCAACUGAGCUCAAUUUCGAGUCAUAGCAAAGGGUCUGAAAACUGAUGUAAAUAAUAUUAGUUUUCUGUUUUUAAUACAUUUGCAAACAUUUCUAAAAUCCUGUUUUCACUUUGUCAUUAUGCGGUAUUGUGUGUAGAUUGAUGACCAAAAAAUACAACACAUUUUUGAAUAAGGCUGUAAUGUAACACAAUGUAGAAAAAGUAAAGGGGUCUGAAUACUUUCCAGACUCACUGUAUGUACAAUGAGUUAAGUCCACCAAACUUUGUGCACUCUUUUAGUUACAGAUUCUAGUUUUGGAAACAGAAAACUGUAUGGAGAUCAAAUGUUUCAUUGAUAAUAAAAUUAGCAGAAUAUCGGGCAAAAUCCAUCUCGAGUCGCUCCAUCUUCUCCCACUGCCGGUCACUGGGCUUCCUCACCACCAUAAACGCCAACCGGAUGCUUCACUUUUAUACAUCCGGUGAAAUAUAUGUCUAAUAGCUCACGGUCCAAACACUUAAAGACACACCCUCGUCCACUUACCCUCUUAUUCCUUUGGGGGAAUCCCCAUCGCCAUUUUGGCGGGCGGUCCCAAUGAUUGGCCAAGCAAGGGAAGUUUGCAAAGUAAGCCCCUCAGCCCUCCUUUUUAGUCGGCUUUGCGAGUGUACAAUUAUGUUCACUCCGGGACCUGAAACUCCCCAUAAAUUCAAUUUGUGAUGAUUGUAUGUCUGCUAAGAAAAGUCUGCGAAAACGUAAAAACAACAUCAAUGGAGAGGUCAACAUACAAGUGUAAGUUAAAACAAAUACAAAUCAGUUAGAAACUGUGCUACUAAUGCACAUGACGGCACAAACAUGUCUCGUAAAAAGUACAUAUGUAUUUGUUUGGUUAUCUUUUGGAAAUUGUAGAAAUAAAAAAUGUUCCUUCAGAAGUUCCAGCUAGAUAGGCUAACGUUAGUUAGCUAAUUUAUUUGCUAGCUAUCAUACAGUAGUUGUAUAUUAAUAUUUAUAUAGUUAAUAUAAGUAGACAUGCAGUCAUAAUUAACUGUAGCGUAUAUAAAGCACCCACAAGAUACCGGUGGCUGAAAACACAAUCAUCGCGGGAUGAACAAGUGAACAAUUUCAGGCCAAGGGUGGUCCAUUUAAAAAGGCAUUCCUUCCUUCCUCUCUCGCCCUUCGCCUUGCAAGUGUAUAGUCGUCAGACGUCAUGAUGCGUCAUCAGAAGUGUCCACUUCAUUUGAGGGCUGAGGGCUGAGGGGAUAGGGUGCGUCUUUUAAGCAGUCAUGAUGCGUCAUCAGAAGUGUCCACUUCAUUUGAGGGCUGAGGGGAUAGGGUGUGUCUUUUUUAGUGUUUGGACUGCAGGCAUUGUGCUCUCUGUGCUAUAGUUAUCACACGUCACAUUGGAUUCAUUAACUGCAAAAAGGUAAGAUGUGUUUUUAAUUAUAGUGCUGCUCUGCACACUAGCUAGUUAGCUAAGUAACGUUUGCUCUGGUCCAACAUUAAACCAACUCAGAGGUUAAAAGAUAUUCAAAGAUCCCCCAUAGAAGCCGCUUCUCCAUAGGUUUAAUUAUGUGGAACUAAUUCAGUUAAUGCAUGUCAUAACAAGAUGCCCAGCUCUUCUAUGGGUGAUCUUCCAGUACAUAUAUUAUGCAUCUCAGAGUAGUAAUAAAAAUCAAUAUAUGAUUAAGAGAAGCCAUUAUGUGUAUAUGUAUGUAUGUCUGUGUCAUUAUAGGCCUAGGGAAAGCCAUUACCUACUCCUAUAAGUAUCCUUAAGACAUGCACUUGCAUUGUGUAUGUCCGUAUUUUUUAUCAUUGCUAUGGUUCCGCCACCAAUAGAAACUAUGCCCUGAAGUAUGUGCUAAUAAGGGAAGAUGGGAUUGAACAAAGUGAUGAUAGUGUCUGAACACCAAAGGGUAAAGAUAAUUUAUAUAAAGAGGAGUGUUGCGUCACACUGAAGCUGUGUAUAUAAAGAGAUCUCUGAGUCUGGGCCUGGCAGUUGCUCCAUGGACCAACUUGGCUUAUUACUUUGAAAUAAAGUCUAUUUUGAAUUCA